AUGUCUGGCUUCGAGCAUCACAUGCCCGCAGCACUGAGACGGGAGGAAGAGGAGGAAGGAGGAAGAGGCGGGAGGAGGGGUUCAGGGGAGCCAGAUGAUGCUGUCAGUGAAAGGAGGAGGAGGAGCAGGAGGAGGAUCCUGUCCGCCGGCAGCAGCAGCAGCUCCACUCUACUCUCCAUCCAUUGCAACAGACUGACGGAGGAGAGGGACGAGGCCGAGAGACAACUCAAACACAUCAAGAGAGCUCAUGGCGCCUGUCAUGACGAUUCACGAGAGGACAUUGAGUCUCUGGCGGUGGAUGAAGGCAGGAACACCUUCUUCCUGACCUCAGCUCUGAACAGCGAGAACAGGAAGUUGAAGUACCUGAGCCUGUCGUCUCGUCCAUGUCUGGAUGAGCUGCUUCCCAGCAUCUCAGACUGCAUCGCACUGGAGGCUGAGUCGGACGCAGANNAGUACCAACAACAGUACCAACAACAGGUUAAAGAGCUGAGGGAGACGGUGAACAGCUUGUUGGAGGAGAAGAAGAAUUUUGUGUGUCAGAUUCAUGAACAGCAGAGACGGAUAGAAGAGCUGACUUCACAGUCAGACAAAGAUCAGGCCGAGAUGAAGGAACUCCGUGAAACUGUUGCACAACAAAGCAAAACCAUCAAGAGAUUCAACCGAGUCUCCAUGAUGGCGGCCCAGGAGUACGAUGGGAUGAAGGAUCAGCUCGACUUGGAGCAGAGCCUGAGAGUCAAAGCCGAGACUUAUGCACACGAGAUGCUUGUGAAGCAGAAGGAGGCCAACAGGCAGAGUAUGCUGCUGCUGCAGAAUGCUGAGCCCAGCGUUCAGCUUCUGAAGGCUCUGGAGGACAUCGCGGCCAUCACCAAAACCCUGGAGGAGGAGCGUCUGCAGCAUCAGCAGAAGGUGGAGAGUCUGGAGGCACAGCUGGAGCAGAGCUGUGUGAAGAAGCAGCUGGAAGCUCUGCAGAGGCAGCUGGAGCUGCUGGAGGUGGAGAAGAAGGAGGUGGAGGGACGACUGGAGGAGUCAGAGAAGAAGAGCGAGGAGCUUGAGAACAGAGCAGAGGUUGAAGACAUGCUGGAGCAGGGAAAGAUUAGCAGUCCCCAACACAGUAAUUCAUCUCGUAAAGGUGGAAUCUAUAACAUCAGCAGUUAG